UACAUCAGUGGUAGUCGUCUGGUCCGAGCAAAACCUUUCUUGAGCGACUGGCUGCAGUGUUUGCCAUAGUAAAACGUGAUCCUGUUGCUACCCAUCCCACUAGACAGACACCGUUGCCGGAUUACCUGAUUACCUGAAUACCUUCACCGCAGCCCGUUCGUGAUGCUUUCAGUGGCAGCCGCCAGUCCAAUAAGAUGCUUUCGUCAUUCGUGAAGUGAAAACUAGCCUGAUUUCAACUACGGUUGAGUGUGGAGUGGCACGGGAGAAAUGCGAGAUGCACAUGGCGAGAUGCACAUGGGGGACCUCAGCAACAUUGGCAGUAGCUGCCUCAUGACUAUAGCUGUCGCCUCUAUAGGUAGCUGCUGCACAGUGCUGCUGGCGCUACUGCUAUGUAUCAAACGCAAAAGCAAAGGCGACCAGCCGGCUCCGCGGUCGACAAGCAUCAUACGACCAAGCGCAUCUAAAGCCAAUCAUCAGCACCUUGGAAAUUAUACAUCCCUGCAGAGUGCAGACAGUUCAGACUGCGUCUCUGCCGGCAACCAGCCGCCACAUCGCACUGGAAAAGCCUCUUCAGAAGGGGAAAGUAUCGACAUGGCAGGAUCAUCACAAGCUCCUCUUGAGGUGCACAUCCACGACUGCCAAGGUGAGAAAGAUGUGAACGACGCGACAUCCAGAAAAGGUCAAGAAACUGCAUCCGUUACCUGUGAGGCUUCAUCAGAUCGCAGGCGAGAUGGGCAGCCGGUAGAGGUUGCGAAGAAAGAGUCUCUGUCAUUCGACGAUCCUGUGUACGCGCAGCCUAAAAGGCGAGGAGAUGUCUUCACACCUUCUUCGCCUACAUUACCGGCAAAAAACCAUCCCCAUAACAAAUCCAUAGAAUCCUUGAACGCAUCCCGUCCACCGAGCACUUCACCAGAAUCCGGCAAAACCAGCCCCCUCUCUCUGGUACUGGGUUGUAAAGCUACUGAUUAUGAAAUGGUCGCCAGCGGUGCACUUUCUAAAUAUGCACCUGUGGACGCAAGCUCUGCACUGUAUGUGGGAAAGUCGGAGAGUGAGCAUGCAUAUGCUUUCCUUGAUAAACAAUCUAGACAAGCUGGGAAACAUUGCCGGCUAUCUCACAGUGGAUCUGGAUCACCUGGAAUAUUGGCCGCAGGGCUUCCUACGAAAGACGGGAAAGUGGGUCUGCGAGAUGCCCCGCAUUUCAACUCUUUGCAAGAUGUAUAUGCGGGCACUGUGGAUGACUCUGAGGCAUACGCCAAGCUCGAGGGAAACUAUGCAUCUGUGCCGGAUAUGGAUCUGUCCUCUUACUGUUCAAAUAGGGGCAAACAACCGAUUAUUUGGUCACGGCGAAAGUUGGCCCACCGCUCUAGUACUGUAUCGACAACAAAGUCAACUUCUCCAUUGGCUCACAAAGACCCUCCUUCGCUCGAAUCAGCGCUAGAAGUUGUUUACGCGAUGCCGCACCAAUCAAUAAGCUCUCUACCUGAUUUACCCUUUUUUUCUCAGGACAGCGUGGACUCUGGCUGCGGUCAACACACUAUCCAAGAACUACACUCUGGGAAAAGCUUUAAUAACAGGACUGAAAGCACUGACAUAGGUGAUUUGCCCAACUACGCCAAGCCAAAGUUAACUGGAUUCCCUUCAGGCCCUUAUGCAUUGCCAGAUUUUUCCACCGAUCCCACACCAGCGGACUCCCACAAGAUGAUGAUAGCAACAUGCGCCUUGUACUCUUCACCUAAUAUCAUCGAGGAGGCGCCUGGUGGAUCUAUCGAGUACAUGGCAAAUAAAUGCACUGAGGUGAAUGGCUCAGUGGGGAUGCAAGUGAUGCAACAGGAUGAUUCCAUGGACGUGAUUUGUGACGCCCCACCUUCAUCCCGCGGUGAAUUGAAAGAAUCACUGCCACCUGUGCUAGUGACUAAAUCACUUCAACUGCAAGCAACGUUAACGCUUCCAUUAUCGGAUGACAGUGGGGAUUAUUCUAUCCCAGCCGAUUGCGUUCAGAGUACCGCACCUUCCAUGGGUGAUCGUUCAGUGAGUAUUGAACAUGCCCUCAACGACAAUCACUCUCUCAUGCUUAGGCGAGCAGGGACAGCCCAGUCUCGUGGCUCUCUGGAGAAUUUGGCGCUGGCAUAUCCCGAUGACACAUAUGCAACGCCAAUAGACGCCCUCUUUCAAGCUGGUACGCAUAAAGACUCCAUAGCAGCCCCAAGCUCACCAGCAGGUCGGCGCAGGAGAAUCACUUGCACCUCCACUGUGUGCCUUGAAUCAUCAGGCUCUGAAAGUGAGGACGAUGCAGAAGGCUUGUAUUCGCGUCCGGCUGAUUGGGUGGAGGACGAUCCGUGUGAAGUCAGUUGUGAGUGAUUGGUGCUGCACUAUCUAUCGGGUGCGCCUAACGCUUAGUGGAGACAUUUGGACAUCUUACUUUAUAGGCACUGUCGGCAGAUUCAGUGAUGCUUGCUGUACAUAAUACGCUUUGUGCAUGUUAUAGCGGACCGUGAGUGUUAUGACUACAGUCACCGUUGUGUUGCUCUGUGCAUGUUUGUUGUGAGGUUGUGGACCAUAUAACGGCCCACUAAAGUCAAAAUUAUUAUUUGUUUUGACCUAUAGCGCAUGUAACCAUUUUUUAAUAACAAAGCUGUGCAUGGAAGUAGUUCUUUUAUUUAACUGGAUGUUCAUGAUGUUUAUAGCCAGACAAAAGUCUGAGUGUAUUUCUCAAAUGUUUCAUGAUAAGAUGAUCUAGCUGCAGAACUAACUCACUUCUUGCCCCCAUGAAGCCGCAUUUGAUCAUAAUACAUGAUCUGGACAGUUGUAGUGAUUAUAUUAUCUUUUGCUGCCAGGAUGAUAAAGGCAAGCGGAUCAAUGACUGCAUGCAUGCCCCCCCCCCCCCCGGCUAGUCUUUCAUUUUAUUUUCAUGACUCUGAGCCGCCAGCAUGGUCACAUGCUAUUUCUUUCCUUGCCAAUUCUUGCCUGUUUCACAUUAUAAUUCCUGUUAUUCAUACCCCUGCCCCAGCAUAGGAUGACAAGGAAAUGCUGUCUUCCAUCCCACACUUCUGUCUUUCUUUUCUGCCAAUGCCGGAUUCACUGAGUCACCAUUGGAGGCACUGCCCUUUCAAUAGACACC